AUGUCAGACCAAACCAAUCAUGAGGAGAAUGAUUUACAAGAGAGUGUAUCUUCUGUGAAUCUCAAUUCUGAUGAUGCUUCCUCAUUUGCUGAACCACAGCCUCCCAAUGAGGUUGAAGAAGAUAAUAAUAGUGGAGCAGAUGGAGAAAAUACAGAAGCACAAGAGGAAGAAAACGAAGAAGAGCAACAACAAGACACUACUACGGAAGAGCCGAUUGCUUCCCACGAUAAUGAUAAUGAUGAUGAUGUUAAUAAUAAUGGAGAAGAACGGACAGAAACUGAAACUCAUCAAAAAGAAGUAGAAGAAGUAGAAGAAGUAGAACAAGUAUCAGAACAACAUGAUAAUGAAACUACGAAUCAUACCCAAAUAACAUCUAACCACGUUAGAAAUGUAUCUACUGCAUCAACGACGAUUGCUUCUAAUGCAAAAUCAACUUUAUUACUUGUUAAGACUACAUUAGAAGAACUUGUAGAUGAGAAAGAAGUUAAAAAGAUUCCAGGCACCCAUAAAAUUAUUCAAAGGACUAUUACAAAAAUUGAAGAUACAUUGAAGGAAUCAAAUAAUUCAUCCAUAGAGGUAGAUUCAAUCUUAUUGUUUGAAGCUCUACGAGCUGCCUCGAGAACAAAAUCAUCUCGUAUCACAAGUAAAUCAUUAGACACAUUAUCAAAAUUAUUCUCAUUUAGAGCAAUAGAUGAAGCAAUAUUGGUUAAUCCUCCUGAUUCAAUGGCCUCUAAUGACCAAGAAGCUACAAAUGAUAAUAGUGGAAUUACACCUCCACCAAAACAAAGAUUAAUUGAUGCUGCCAUUGAUACAAUUGCUGAUUGUUUCCAAGGCGAAGGAACAGAUGAAAGAGUAGAAUUACAAAUUAUAAGAUCAUUAUCAGGUUGUAUUUUAGUAGAAGAUGAAAAUUCAUUAUGUCACGGUGCUUCUUUAUUAAAAGCUAUUAGAACUAUCUACAAUAUCUUUGUCUUUUCUUUAAACCCAACAAAUCAAGGGAUUGCCCAGGCUACAUUAACACAAAUAAUUACUGCUGUCUAUGAUAAAAUCGAAAUUAAAAAGAUUCAACCAUAUCAAGUAUCAAUUAAUGAAUCGAAAAAGAGUUUACCUUCAUCUGAUGUAACAGGUAAUGAUCCAAUAACAUUACAGAAUAUGGAAAAUCUUAAUGACGAAGAAGAAAGAAGAAUGGAUGCACAACAAUACGAUGAUGUAAGUGAAGAUGAACAAUUAGAUAAAAACGCCUCAGAGAAAGAUUUGGCUAUUAAAGAUGCAUUCCUGGUAUUCAGAGCUAUGUCAAAAAUAUGUGCCAAACCUCUAGAGAGUGAACUUGACAUGAGAUCACAUGCUGUUAGAUCAAAAUUACUUUCUUUACACAUAAUAUACUCCAUUAUAAAGGAUCAUGUAGAUAUUUUUUUGUCGUCAGAUGUAAUUUUACCUGGUAAAGAAUCUGUUUCAUUAAUGAAUGCCGUUAGACAAUAUUUAUGUUUGUCUUUAUCUCGUAAUGCUGCCUCCCCAAUACCGCCUGUAUUUGAAAUUACUCUGGAAAUUAUGUGGUUAAUUAUUGCUAAUCUAAGAGCUGAUAUGGUGAAAGAAAUUCCUGUAUUUUUAACUGAAAUUUAUUUCCCGAUUACUGAAUUAAAAACAGCUACAUCACAACAAAAGAGAUACUUUUUAACUGUUAUUCAAAGAAUUUGUAACGACCCAAGGACACUAAUUGAAUUUUAUUUAAACUAUGAUUGUAAUCCAGGUAUGCCUAAUAUUAUGGAGAUUAUGGUCGAUUAUUUAACAAAAUUGGCUUUAACCAGAGUUGAAAUUACUCCAACUCAAAGAUCAUACUAUGAAGAACAAUUAUCGAAGCCAUUGUCAACAUUUAAUUUCGAUGAAUUACCUUUGUUAACAACAUCAACACUUCCAUCAAAUAUCGAUCCAAAUCAAGGAGCAUUGUUGUUCCCUGUUGAUUUUGCCCUUAAAAUGACAGCCUUAAACUGUACCAUUUCAAUUCUAAGGUCCUUAGGUUCGUGGGCUCACAAAGCAUUAAAUCCAAAUGCUCAUGUCGUUAAUCCUGCUAAAAAUAAUAACCAAUUGGGACAAUCAAUGGAUGGAGCAAAUACGAAUACUUCAUUAACUUUAGGAGAUGAAAAUUCUGCCAGUGAAAGUAAUGUCAAUAUUAACCAAUUGCAAGAUGUUGAUGACCCUACACAAUUCGAGAAUCUAAAACAAAGAAAAACUCAGUUAUCAGAUAGUGUUGCUAUCUUUAACAACAAACCGAAGAAGGCCAUUCCAGGCUUAAUUUCCAGAGGAUUCAUAAAUGAUGACUCCCCAAGCUCCAUUGCCAAAUGGCUUCUAGAAACAGAUGGUCUUGAUAAAACUGUUGUUGGUGAUUACUUAGGUGAAGGUAACGAGAAGAACAUUGCUGUGAUGCAUGCAUUUGUCGAAGAAUUCGAUUUCAAAGGAUUAUCCAUUGUAGAUGCACUACGUGAUUUCUUACAAGCAUUCAGACUUCCAGGUGAAGGUCAGAAGAUUGAUAGAUUUAUGUUAAAGUUUGCUGAAAGGUUUGUGGAACAAAACCCAGGUGUUUUCUCUAAAGCUGACACUGCAUAUGUGUUAUCAUAUUCAUUAAUUAUGUUGAAUACAGAUCUCCACUCCUCUCAAAUUAAAAGAAAAAUGACUCUUGAAGAAUUCUUAGACAAUAACAGAGGUAUCGAUAACGGCCGUGAUUUACCAGAAGAAUUUUUGGUUGGCUUGUUUAAAGAAAUAGAAGGUAAUGAGAUUAAAUUGUUAUCUGAACAACAUCAAGCCAUGUUAUCUGAGGAUAAUACUGCUACAAUCGGCACUCCGCAAGCUCAACCUGCUUUUAACUUUUUCAGUUCGAGGGACUUAGCCAGAGAAUCAUACUUGCAAGUCUCUAAGGAAAUAUCAUCCAAGACGGAACUUGUCUUCAAAAAUCUAAGUAAAUCUAAAGGUAAACAAGAUACCGAAGUUUAUUAUGCUGCUUCUCAUUUUGAACAUGUCAAGUCCAUUUUUGAAACUUUAUGGAUGUCGUUUUUGGCAGCAUUAACUCCUCCAUUUAAAGAUUAUGAUGAUAUUGAAACUACAAACAAAUGUUUAGAGGGUUUAAAGAUUUCCAUUAAAAUCUCAUCAAUCUUUGUUCUUGAUGACGCUAGAAAAUCAUUUAUUGGUGCAUUAGUACAAUUCUGUAAUCUACAAAACGUUCAAGAAAUUAAAGUGAAGAAUGUCAAUGCCAUGGUUGACCUUUUAGAAAUUGCAUUGGCUGAAGGUAACUACUUGAAGGAUUCAUGGAAGGAUGUCAUCUUAGUUGUAUCACAGAUGGAAAGAUUGCAGUUGAUAUCGAAGGGUAUUGAUAGGGACACCGUUCCGGAUGUUGCUCAGGCACGCCUUGUUAAUCCACGUGCAUCAUUAGAAUCAACAAGAUCUGCAAAUCAAUCCAUUUUCGAUAUUUGGGGUAAGAAAUCAACUCCAAUGGAAUUAGCCCAAGAAAAGCACCAUAACCAGAAACUUUCUUCGGAAAUGUCUAAAUUCAUUUCUUCCAGUGACUUGGUGGUUCUAAUGGAUAAUAUUUUCACUAAGAGUUCAGAGUUGUCCGGUAAUGCUAUUAUUGAUUUUAUUAAAGCACUUACUGCAGUCUCCUUGGAUGAGAUUGAAUCAUCUCAAAACGCAUCUACUCCUCGUAUGUUUUCGUUACAAAAAAUGAUUGACGUCUGUUAUUACAACAUGGAUCGUAUUAGACUUGAAUGGACACCAUUAUGGGCCGUUAUGGGUAGUGCAUUUAAUAAAAUUGCUACCAAUCCAAAUUUGGCUAUUGUAUUUUUCGCCAUUGAUUCAUUACGUCAAUUAUCAAUGAGAUUCUUAGAUAUUGAUGAAUUAUCAGGUUUUGAAUUUCAAUCUGAUUUCUUAAAACCAUUUGAAUAUGCUGUUCAAAACACAACAAAUACUGAAGUGCAAGAGAUGAUUAUUGAAUGUUUCCGUAAUUUCAUUUUAACAAAACAACAACAUAUCAAGUCAGGUUGGAAACCUAUCCUUGAAUCAUUACAAUAUACUGCUGCUUCCAAUGAUGAAAGAAUUGUUUUGAAAACACAAAGACUUGUCGGUGAUGAUAUUGUCGGUAAGAAUUUUGAAAGCGUCUUUGGUCAAGAAGGUGCAUUUUAUGAAUUGGUUGGUAUCUUUAAAGAGAUUACGAAGAAUAAAAAAUAUCAAAAGGCUGCUUUACAUGCAUUAGAAUCUCUGAAAAGAAUCACCGAACAAAUUGCUAAAAUUUGCUUUAUUAAUGAUGAUACUAAUGGUAAUACUAAGAUUGAUACAGAGACACGUGAACAUUAUGAACAAUUAUUACGUGGUAAAGAUGUAUUCCAAGAUGUAUGGUUCCCAAUGUUAUAUUGUUUUAAUGAAACAAUUAUGACAGCUGAUGAUUUAGAAGUACGUUCUCGUGCAUUAAAUUAUAUGUUUGAUUCUUUAGUUGCUUAUGGUGGAGAAUUUGAUGAUGCCUUUUGGGAAAAAAUUUGUACAAAAUUGUUAUUCCCAAUCUUUGGUGUCUUAUCAAAACAUUGGGAGGUUAAUCAAUUUAAUAGUCAUGAUGAAUUAAGUGUUUGGUUAUCAACAACAUUAAUCCAAGCAUUAAGAAAUUUAAUUGCAUUAUUUACACACUAUUUUGAAUCAUUGAGUGGAUUAUUAGAUGGCUUUUUAGAUCUAUUAGUAUCGUGUAUUUGUCAAGAGAAUGAUACAAUUGCUAGAAUUGGUAGAUCAUGUUUACAAGAAUUAAUUUUACAAAAUGUUGAUAAAUUUAAUGAAACACAUUGGCAACAUAUUGGUGAAGUAUUUACUAAACUAUUCCGUUUAACAACAGCUAAUGAAUUAUUUGAUAACGAUCCUUUACGUCAAGGAAGACGUGCAUCAAAUGUUAACAAUCAUAAUAAUAUUGAAGGUACACAAGAAACUGUUGAAAGAGCUCAUGUUGAAGCAGGUAGUGAAGAUGUUGGUGGUGAAACAGCAGAAAAUGAAGAACAACAACAACAACAGGAAGAAGUAGAAGUUGAAUCAAAACCAGUGAAUUUAUCAACUCCUGAACAAAGAAAGUUACAAGAAGAUGAUACACAAGAUACACGUCGUCGUCGGAUAAAUAUAAAGAACAGUAUUGUUGUUAAAUGUGUUCUUCAAUUAUUAAUGAUUGAAUUAUUAAAUGAAUUAUAUGAAGAUGAAAAUUUUGCACGUUGUAUUCCAUAUAAUGAAUCAAUUAGACUUACUGAAUUAUUGGAACAAUCUUAUGGUUUUGCAAGAGAUUUUAAUGCAGAUUAUGGUUUACGUACGCGGCUUGUUGAAGCACGUGUUGUUGAUAAGAUACCAAAUUUAUUAAAACAAGAGACAAGUGCAGCAGCUGUAUUAAUUGAUAUAAUGUUUAAAUUAUAUUUCAAUAGCAAUGAUGACGAAGAAUCUAAGAAUAUUGAAUUACUAGACAGAUUAGUUCAUAUUUGUAGUGGAGUUGUUAGUGCAUAUGUUGCAUUAGAUGAUAGAACAAUGGAACGUAGUAUUAAUUCAUGGCGUCCCGUCAUUGUUGAAAUUCUACAAGGCUAUUAUGAAUUAGAUGAUGAUGAUUUCCGUAAACAUUGUUCUGCUAUGUAUACUUUAAUCAUUGAAAUUUUAGAUAAGAGUGUUCCACAAGAUUUACGUUAUGCGAUCAAAUUAUUCCUUGGCCGUGUUGGAACUUUAUACCUUGAGAAGUAG